CUACACGAAAAAAUAUUCAAACAUUCCCAAUGAAUGUCACAUGUGUAUUUCGAUUGAAUAAAAGGAUUACAAGUGAUGACGAUGUAUAUUAUGUGCAAAAUAAAAAGAAGUUCGUGCUGUAAAUUAGCAAAAAAUUGAUUUUAUCAAUAUUCAGUAUCCUAAGUGAAAUAAAUAAAAAAAAAAUGUCAUUGACAGUGAGGAUUAUUCAAUUCCAUCUACCGAAACCAAAGUCAAACCUUAUUGGAAGAGUGGAAUUUAGAGGAGUUGCACACACAACUAAUGAACUUGGGUCGAAAUCAAACAUUCUUCAAGUGAAUCAGUCGUUCAUAUGGCCAUUAGCAAGAUGUGCAUCACCAGAAGAGCACAUAAUUGUGGAACUUCGCAGUCAAACAACCAAAAUAUUGCUGAAGACUGGUCUUGCCUCGUCGUCAACAUCAAGAGGUGGCAGUUCCCGUGGUGCCAUAUCGAGUAAUAGUAAAAUGGUUGGCCGUUAUGUGAUGCUAAUGCAAGGAUUGAUUGGUUUGGGACAUUUGCACGUUGAAGAUCUUCUAUCAGAUGUGAAUAGUAAGCCAAUAGAGGUAUCAGUAACGUUUGAUGUUAUGUACACCUCACCGGAUGAUGAAGCUGGUAACUUUGAGCCGACCAAUUUAAUUAACUCAAUCCAGCAAAACAGCUUAGAUGACGAUCAACAAAUGUUGUUAAAGGACAUUGAGCAAAAUAUCGCAAAUUUAGAAAAAACUUUGUGCCAAGAUAGAGAAAAUAGUUCAACGAAUGUUAGCAAGAAACGACACCUACUGAAACGUGUAAUGUCACAAAGCACUGGCGAAAAAGUUUCGAAAAGCGACCCGAAACUGAUGAUGGAAAAAGCGGCCGGUCGACAAUUGAAUAACAGCCCAUCGGAGAAAAAAGGAACAUUGCGAACUGUACGGCAAUUUAUGAAAUUGGGAAAACAACGGCAUCAACGUCAAACGUCGCGUGACAGUAGCACUGAAGAUGAGGGAAGAUCUCUCAUUACGGACACAGACGGUGCAACAUCGGGCCAGGAAACACAAAAUGAACAAACAGAUAAUAUGUCACAAGCAGACAGCUUACAAUCAGGUGCAUCAAGUGACGUUGAAGAGUGUACAAAUUUGGAUAGCAGAAACAGGAGAGUACGACCUCUCUCUAAGGUUGAACACCAUUUAAAAGCGCAGGACUUUCAAGUUUGCGUGACAAUAAUUGAAGCACGACAAUUGCCUGGUUUAAAUAUGGACCCCGUUGUUUGUAUACAAAUAGGCGACCAAAAGAAAUAUACCAGCGUCAAGGAAAGCACUAAUUGUCCGUAUUAUAAUGAGUACUUUGUGUUUGACUUCCACAUGGCACCGGUGAUGCUUUUCGAUAAAAUUAUUACUCUGUCCGUGUUGCAAAGUAGAAGUAUGUUGCGGCCAAAUGUAUUGGUUGGCUCAUUUAAAUUGGAUAUUGCUACUGUUUGGCUUCAAAAAGACCAUCAAUUCUAUCACAAAUGGGCCUUGCUUACCGACCCAGAAGAUUUUAUUAGCGGACCAAAAGGUUACUUAAAAUGUGAUAUUGGUAUCAUCGGUAAGGGUGAUACCGUAAAAGUGCCGCAAAAAUCGGAAAAAGAUCCCGACGACAUUGAAGCUAAUUUGUUAUUACCGGACGGUGUUCCUAUCGAAAGGCAACGAGCGAAAUUUGUUGUGAAAAUUUAUCGUGCGGAUGGAUUGCCGCGAAUGAAUUCAUCGAUUAUGGCGAAUGUGAAACGAGCUUUUACUGGUGAAACAAAGGAUUUGGUCAGUCCGUAUGUACAUGUGUCAUUUGCUGGAUUAAGUGGGAAAACGAGUUUGAAGAGGAAUUCGUAUAAUCCAGUGUGGAAUGAACAGCUCGUAUUUACGGAAAUGUUCCCGCCUCUGUGCCAACGUAUUAAGAUUCAACUGAGAGACGCCGAUCCAGUUAAGCCUUCAAUCAUUGGAACUCAUUACAUCGAUCUGAAACAAAUCUCCAAUGAUGGCGAAAAAGGAUUUUUGCCAACUUACGGUCCCUCCUUUAUUCAUUUGUAUGGCUCAACGCGGGACUACAGCUUAUUGGAUCAACAUUCCAAUUUGAAUACGGGAUUGGGAGAGGGAGUUAGUUACAGGGCGCGAUUGUUGAUUGCAAUCCGAACGGAAAUCACGGAUAACAUUGACAUAAACUCGGAGAAAAAUGUCGAACUAGAACCAACAUUUCCCAUAUCCGAAUCGUCCUACUCGAAAACCGAAGAAUUUUUCCUCUUUUCCACCAUAAUGGAGGCGUCAAUGCUGGAUAAAAAAUUGAGCGAGAAACCUGUAUAUUUCGAACUGAGCAUCGGCAAUGCCGGUAACAGUUUGGACGGUCACAACGAAAGCAAUUGCAAUAAUUUAAAUGAUGACGAAGAGCUGGAAACGGUUGACACGACAUCAUAUAGCAGUACGACCAGUUCCUGUAAGCCGAUUUCACACGAUAAAUCGCACUUUUACCUGCCAUAUUGGGAUUAUAAGCCAUGCAUGGAUGUCCGUUGCUAUUUUCCUGAUUUGCGUCGUCGAAUGUAUAAUAGUAAUAUGAUAUCGAAAAUCAGCGAUAAAAUGGAGGAAGGACUUAUUGAAACAAAUGCCUUACUUGAAGAGGAAGACGCACGUGCCGAAGUACGAUUACGAUCAACAUUAGAAGAUGUGGCCACCAGUUGCUCAAAAUAUAUAACAUUAACGAAAAGUAGUCAAUCGGGAGCAGGCACUGGUAAAACUAAAUUGGACAAGGAACGCAUGAAGCUUUGUAUCCGUGAAAUUGAAUCGAUUGGUAAUAUGUCAAGGAAUUUAAGGGCAUUAGUCACAAGAAGCUCAAUGAAAGAACGAUACAAAACAGCUCAGACGUAUUUACAGAAGCUUAGGUUUCUCAUUGACGAUCCUCAACAUUCCCUGCCCGACGUGUUCAUAUGGUUGAUCGCAAAUGGAAAACGAGCCGCAUAUCAUCGAAUCAGCGCACGAGAUCUGAUCUUUUCUACAAGUGAAGAGGAAUGUGGACCUUUGUGCGGAAUUGUACAAACGAUAAUGCUCAAAUUACCUGGAAAACAUGCUAACGGUCCCGCCGGUUGGAUAGUACAGGCUAAACUGACCAUUUAUUUUUGGUUGGGGAUGCUAAAACAUAAGCAAUACUUCUAUGCUGGUCUUCCCAAAGGAUUUGAUAUGUCACAGGAGUUGAGAAAUGCCGAAAGAAUCCGGGCGCUAGCACCGUCAAAUAUCCAUUAUGUUGAGAAACAUACAUUUCAACUCCGUGCCCAUAUUUACCAAGCCCGAUCGCUAAUAGCAUCCGAUGCGUCAGGACUCAGUGACCCAUACGCAACCGUUUACAUCACCGAAUUCUCCAAAACCACUCAGGUCAUUGAAGAAACCUUGAGUCCAACGUGGGACGAAUUGCUUGUAUUUGACGAAGUACUAGUUUACAGCUCAAAGGAAGAGAUCAAGAAGAAUCCUCCGACAGUCGUCAUCGAAAUCUACGAUCAGGAUAAGGUUGGCAAAAGUGAAUUCAUCGGUCGAGCAAUUGCAAAGCCCAGUAUCAAAUUGAAAGAAAAUGCGUACAUGACACCGUCGUUGGAAUGGUUUGAUAUAACAAGAGGGGUUGAUGGAGCUGGUGAAUUGUUAGCGGCAUUUGAGAUGUUAGAAUUGGGAUCAGAGGAUCUUCCUCGCUUAACUGAGCCUAAAGUUUUGCCCGUUGAGGUAAAAAGUGAUCGUGCUGUACCCCAACCGUCUAAAUGUUCCAUAUUGCCAGUUCCACGCGAUGUUCGACCGAAUUUAUCGAAAUUUCGUAUUGAAGUUCUAUUUUGGGGUCUUAGAGACCUGAAGCGUAUCCAUUUUAUGUCCGUCGAUAAACCUCGCAUUGACGUCGAAUGCUCGGGAACGAUACUCAGUUCAAGCAUCAUUCAAAAUGCAAAAAGGAACCCCAACUUCCCGAACAUGUUAAAGUUUUUCGAUUUGGAACUUCCUGUUGAAGAAACGUACGCUCCACCAAUUACAAUCCGUUGUGUGGAUUGUCGAUCGUUCGGAAGGUAUACAUUGGUCGGUACGCAUCAAAUCACAUCGAUACACAAAUACUUGCACCGUCCCGUACCGAAGGAAGAAUUGAAAAAUGUGAACACAUUGGGUGGUCAGAUCAUUUUGGCUUCUCCGGUCAAAGCUGGCUCCGAUGAGCUGGUUACCAUUCCCAGCAAAGGACAUGAUCCGAAAAGUGCGAAAACCUCGUCGUGCGAAAAUCUGACAUUGUAUGGAGCGGCAUGCGUUGGGAAGGUCGUUCAAAAAAAGUCACACAAAAAGAGGUUGGUCGAACAGGACGAUUCGUUGGACUUUGACGAUGACGACGAGAACAGCAAAGAUUGGUGGACAAAAUAUUUCUGGUCGUAUGAAAAACUAAUCGAGGAUGCCAAAGAACAGAAAUUUCGUAUCACCGGCGGAAACAAUAACGUGCCUAACGGUAAGGAUGACAAAUCGAAAUUGGGUGUCAAGGGAUCGAAAUUGGUUGCUCGACUGAGUCCAAAACAUCGUCGAAAAGUGGAACGGUCGAAAUCUUCGACAGCACUGUGCCAGAUAUAUCCAACUGACCUGGAACACGAAUACAAUAAUUUCAAAGAGUGGCUGCUCUCGUUCCCAUUAUAUCGUGGCAAGAAAACCGGUGACUCAACAGAAGAUGAAAACCGAAUCGUUGGAUUUUACAAAGGUGCAAUCAAAGUGUACAAGUUGCCCAUUCAAAAAGGAUUGGAGCCGGCAUUCGCACCAACUCUGCCCACAAACGAUCCCAUUCAUGUGCUCGUCCGUGUAUAUGUAGUAAAGGCAUCUGAUCUGCAUCCAAUGGAUUUGAAUGGGAAGGCCGAUCCGUAUGUGGUUCUGCAAUUGGGUAAUAAACGAAUUUCCGACAAAGAAAACUACGUCAGCAAGCAAUUGAAUCCAGUUUUCGGGAAAUGCUUUGAAAUUGAGGCCACAUUUCCACAAGACUCGAUGCUCAACAUUCAGGUGCUGGACUGGGAUUUGGUUGGCUCCGACGAUUUGAUUGGUGAAACGAGAAUCGAUCUGGAAAAUCGUUUUUACAGUAAACACAGAGCGACCUGCGGACUGGCAUUUAAAUACGAAGAGAAUGGCUACAACCGUUGGAGGGAUGCCAUGAAACCAACUCAAAUUCUUCAGAAACUGUGCAAAGAAAACAAAUUGGAAACACCGCACUACUUCCAAGAUCGAGUGGUAAUAUCGAGGUAUUGCAUGACAUUUUCAGAAGAAGAAGUGUUAAUGUGGAACGGACCAACCACAUGUAAGAAUCGGGAUGAACAUUUGGCAUUGGCUGUCCUACAUAGAUGGGAAGAGAUUCCGCGAAUUGGAUGCAAGAUUGUACCCGAGCACAUUGAGACGCGUCCGCUGUACAAUCCAGAUAAACCUGGUAUCGAGCAAGGCAAAUUGGAAUUAUGGGUAGAUAUGUUUCCAAUGGAUAUGCCUUUGCCGCCGCCGCCAGUAGAUAUUUCACCGAGGAAACCAAAAUCUUAUGAAUUGCGUAUUGUGAUAUGGAACACUGACGAAGUUGUUCUGGAGGAUGACGCUUUUUUUACCGGCGAAAAAAUGUCGGACAUUUAUGUGAAAGGUUGGCUGAAGGGACCACAGGAUAUACAGGCCACAGACAUUCAUUACAGGUCUUUGACCGGGGAAGGAAAUUUUAAUUGGCGUUUCAUUUAUCCGUUUGACUAUUUGGCUGCUGAAGAACGUAUCGUUCUUUCGAGACGAGAGUCCCUAUUCAGUUGGGACGAAACGGAGGUCAAGAUUCCUGCACGGUUAGAGCUCCAAGUUUGGGAUGCUGACCAUUUCUCAGCUGACGAUUUCCUGGGUGCCAUUUCACUCAAUCUCAAUCGCUUUCCCAGAGGUGCAAAAUCGUCGAAACUCUGCACGCUGGACAUGCUGAAAACGGAGAACGUUCCAACCGUCAACAUAUUCAAACAGAAACGUGUACGCGGCUGGUGGCCGUUCUUUAUCAAAAAGGAAAACGACGAAAUGGAAUUGACUGGGAAAGUUGAAGCGGAGAUUCAUUUGCUGACGAAAGAAGAGGCCGAACAGAAUCCAGCCGGCUAUGGAAGAAAUGAACCAGACGGACUGGAGAAACCCAAUCGUCCCGAUGCAUCAUUUAUGUGGUUCUUGAAUCCGUUAAAAUCGAUUCGUUACAUCGUUUGGCAUAACUACAAAUGGGCAAUACUGAAAGUGCUAAUUGUAAUUGCAAUAACAAUCAUGAUUUUGCUGUUUUUCUACUCAGUUCCUGGCUACACUGUGAAAAAGUUACUGGGAGCCUAAGUUCAUUCCACGGAAAUCAGUGCACCACUAAAGUUGUUCUCGUUUAAAAAUUUAUUUGCAACCGAAGUAGUAAUAGUGAAAAAUAUAGUGAGUGCAUAUCAUUAACUUAACACUAAUAGCUGACGCCAUUUAAGUUUAUUUAAUAAUAGAGAGACAAAAAGAGGUUUUUCUGACUGCGGCAGUGUUAUCAAAAGUGUAGUAGAAGGUGCCAUUUAUUCAUCUGUAGGACAAUCUAUCUGAUUUUCUAUACUUUUGUCAUGCCUUGGUUUGAUUUGAUUUUUUACAUUUUUUUGACUGCUGCUUCCAAACCGAUUUGAGAAAUAGAACAAUCACACCAUUCCGAUCAGUUAAUAUUUCCUCGCUUAUAAAGAUUCAUUUACUUAAUGCCAAUGACAAGAAAAUCAGCAUCCAACGUAAUGUGAUAAAAAAUAAAAUCAGGUCAGACCCAUAUCCGUACACAUGGUCCGCCUGCCAAAACAACCACAUUGUAAUGUACAACCGAAACAGCAAAAGUAUUUUUGAUAGAAAUAUUUUAUUUCGUCAUUUGAGGUGUAAUUUUUUUUAGAUCCUAUACUGUUUGUCCCACCAAAAAUAUGCUUCGAACGAAUUGAUUUACAAGUGUACCUUGACUUUAGUAAUAUCUUACAAUUAACAUGGAGUCUGGUUGCGAUGUCGGUCAUCUUAUUUUAAACUAUGAAAAUGCACCUAGCUUGUAGCAAUGAAAUAGUAAAAAGUUGCAUCAAAAAUCACGGCUGAGUAAAAUAAACCAGGCAGGAGAGGUUCAUUUUUGAAAAGUCAAAUAAGGGACAUAAUACACUGUAUGAAAAUGAACUCAAAGGAACACUGACAUUCAGUAGUUUUAUUCGGAAAAAAUAAGACAACCAGAUAAUUCAGGUCUUUAGUCGAAUCAAAUGCUCUUGGCUGGUUCAUUUUACACUACCGUGAUCAAAAACUUAAAUCACCUUUCACUUUUCACGUUCCUAUGAAGUUAGUAUAGGAAAAUUUUUCAAAAUUGAAAAUUCUCGAACAAAAAAACUUAAAUUUCCACUCAAUUUACGGUCCGAAGACACGACGUUUCAGUGACUAAUUUAAUUCACAAACCUCAUUUUUACAGAAAAUAUUGCAUCAGAAAUUAUUAUUUUUGGGUGUUGUUAAGAGCGUACUACGUUUCCUAUGAUGAUCGGUUCUGCUUUAAUUUUUGUCAAUUUUUGUGAUUUAAAUCAGAUACUGCAAGUGUCACUCACCACACCAAUAACAAAUAGCUUUAGUUGUUUUAACCUCGGCUACACUUCGGAUCACACAAAGUUCAUACAAAACCUCCACUUUUCAUCGGUUACCUCUCGUCAUGUUUUGGAUUUUAUCACAUACGCGCGGUGUUCGGAUAUCAAAA